AUGAUCUUCCUAGUUUUCCUGUUAACAAGUGAAUUGUAUAUUAUAGACGGUAGCAAUGACGAUGGGGGUGAAUCGUUUGCUUUCGAUCGAAUCAAAGAUGAAAUAAAGAAUUACACAAAUAUUGCAAACGCAAUCAUCAAACUUUCGCUGUACGGAAAAGCCCAGAAUCAGUCGUACGACAGACUGGCGACAUUCGUGGAUAAAUUCGGGAGCAGAAUAUCUGGUUCCGACAACCUGGAACAUGCUAUCGACUACAUGAUGGAUGCACUGAAAAACGACGGAUUAGACAACGUGCACGGGGAGCCGGUGGAAGUUCCUCACUGGGUUCGUGGGAACGAAUCUGCUAUAAUGCUAUCACCACGGUUACACCGUAUGUCGAUACUAGGACUCGGCAGUAGCAUAGGCACGCCGCCAGGUGGAGUCACUGGUGAAGUGAUUGUGGUGAAAUCCUUCAAGGAGCUGCACGCUAGAGCAUCAGAAGCUAAAGGAAAAAUCGUUGUCUACAAUGAAGACUUCGUGGAUUAUGGAACCACUGUGGCGUAUAGAGAACACGGAGCAGUGGAGGCAGCUAAAGUCGGAGCCGUGGCUUCUCUCAUUAGAAGUGUGACAGACUUUUCAAUAUACAGCCCGCACACUGGGUGGCAGACCUACGCAGCUGGUGUUCCUAAAAUCCCGACGGCUUGCAUCACUGUCGAAGAUGCCGAAAUGAUGCACAGGAUGUCCAAAAGAGGAAACAAAAUCAUCGUCCGCCUAACAAUGGACGCCAAAACGACGAAUCGUUCAGCCAUAUCGCGAAAUACUGUAGCCGAAAUCAAAGGAAGGACUCACCCAGAACAGGUGGUUCUUGUGAGUGGCCAUCUUGAUUGGGAUGUCGGCCAGGGGGCCAUGGACGACGGUGGGGGAGCUUUCAUAUCAUGGCAAGCUCUUUUGCUGAUUCGACAGCUUAAUCUCAGACCAAAGAGGACAUUGCGGGUUGUUCUGUGGACGGGAGAGGAACAAGGUCACGUGGGAGGUAAAUCGUACUGGAGCAAGCACAGUGAUGACGUUAGAAAUUAUGACCUCGUUAUGGAGUCCGAUGGCGGCACGUUCACACCUCGUGGAUUACAGUUUUCCGGGAACAAGGCAGCUACCACCGUGAUGGCAGAAGUACUCAAAUUGUUAGCGCCCAUAAAUGCAAGUAGCCUGGUGUCUCCUGCGGAUACUGGAGAUGUGGCAGGUUUUAUGGCGGCGGGGGUGCCAGGCGGUAGCUUGUACAACGAGAAUGAGAAAUACUUCUACUUCCAUCACACAGAUGCUGACACGAUGACAGUUCAAGACCCUGUUGCCAUGAACAUGGCUUCUGCGCUGUGGUCUGUAGUUGCCUACGUAGUUGCAGACUUAGAUGAUAUGUUACCGAGACACACGUACAAAAUUUAAUGUACACUGAAAUAAUAGAUUUCGUUGUUGUGUUUAUUAUUUUGUAUAUAUGAAAUUAUUGUAUUACUGUUUGCCGUUAUUUGUGUUGAUUUGUUUUGGUUGUGUUUUUAAAUUUUAGUUGUUGUUUGUUUUCUAAUUUGAAAUAUACUAAGCUUAAUUACUAUUUAAACUAGAUCAGCUGUCCAUUUUUUGCCUUUGAAACAUUAUAAAUUUGGUUUCCAUGUCAUUCUAUAAUUGGAGGAACAAAUGCCAACCGUCAGUUUUGGUUGGUAUAAAAUGUUAAAAAUUUAAAUAAUUUAUAACAAAUUCGUUGUUAUUGUUGUAUAAUUGUUUAUAUUAAUCAGACUCUUUAAACAUCCAAAAGUUAAUUAAACUAUUGAAAUAAAGAGAGAAAAUUGAAAUGGGGUGUCAAUUUAUGUGUGUCCGAAUUCAAGGUCAAUAAAUUUUAAUGUGUUAAAAAAAA